ACAGGAAAACAGAAUCUGACCUUCACUUCUGAAGAAACACAACUUAUGUUUUGUGCCAUCUGAUCUUUCAGGCGUGAGCUGAUGACGUAGAACAGCUGAUAUAUUUAUUGUGAAGGCACAAUGAAGAAUGCCAACAAUGUUACUCAGAGAAAUACUAUGAUAAACAGGACAAAAGUAUUCAAAAAAUGGGGCGGGACUGUCAUAGGUUGUAAUAAAUAGCCUCGUCUGAAGGUUCGGUCAGCUGCACACCUGCUGGAACUCUUAACAGGUAUUGAAACGGCUGUGAAUCGUUUAUUAACAAGUGCAAAGAAGACAUCUCUUCCAUUUGGAGAGGCCACAAUGGAAAGUAACUCAGGAGAAAGCGUGACCCCUGACCUCAGUGCAGAGACACCUGACGAACAUUCAGUUCUUCUUCACAAACCACGCAUUUCUGAAUAUGUGCGAAACCAGCCAUUGUCCACCAACACAAAGCUGUUUUCAGUGUUGGCCUUGUUGAACGCACAUGAUCCGGAGUCCAAGCUGGACUUUCAAGACUGUCAACAAAUCCUCGGACCGCCUGAUCCCAGCCAUGGAGAGCCUCCCUUUGAGGAAAGAAUGGAGCCUUUUUCCUGCUUCAUCACGGUGUCCAGUGAAGCCGUGCAUGUGAUAAACACAGAUGUGGCCAAGAGCUGUUUGGAGCUAUUAGCUGACCUGAACAUUAGCAAAAAUGUUAUAGUGAAGGAUUGCAUAGAAUUACUUUAUGGGGAUAAAGUCCAGCCGCAUACAGUCAGUUCCCUCAGAAAUGUACUGACAGGGAGCAAUGUGGUGGAAACCAGCAAAGAUGUGUCCUUACGUCUGACUAAAGAAAUAAUGGGGAAAGACAGCAUGGCGCUGCGAACGACGACUACAAAAAGUAGCUCAGAAAGAACUGUGACCUCAAAUAUUAAUCAGACGUCAUUCCUAGACUUCUUCUUCUGUCUUUUUAAAUCAGACAUAUUUGUAUAUGUUGAAGACUACCCAGAUUCCGACAACACAAAAUUGUUCUCUAUCUUGGCGCUGUUGAACGCGUAUGUUCCAAACUCUUACCUGCUCAUGGAAAAGUGCCAACAGAUCCUUGACGAUUCUUCACUUGAAGAAAAAAUGAAGCCAUUCCUCAGUCUUGAUGCAUCCAGUCAAUGUCUGUGCUUGAUUCACCCAGAUAUUGCAAAUAGAUCUUUGGAGCAACUGGCUGACCUGGAGAUUUCCAGAAGUGCCAUCACAUCCAAAUGUAUAGCUUCACUUUGCGGAGACCAAGCAGAACCUUUCAUAGUCGAAUUGAUAAAAAAGCUACUGACAGAGAGAGAAAAGAAAGAGAAUGGCAGAAGUAAGUUCUCAACAUUGAUAGAAGACAUAUUGACAAUAGAGGGUCCUUCUGAAGCUCUUGAUGUAUUAAUAGAGGCUUCCCAGACAUUUCAAGACAAAUUCAUCUAUCCUCAAACAAUUGCUCGCUUGUAUUACCAGAAAGACAUAGACUAUGAAGAAGCAGAACGCUGGGCAAAUGAAGCUAUAAGUAGAGAUUCGAAAAACUCCUAUACUGCUGACACUCUUGGACAGGUGUAUAAGAACUGGUUAAAGGAAAAAACCACAUCACACAAUGAAGUCAAUGAUAUGGCAGAGAAAGGCUUUAAAGCUUUCAGAAGUGUGGAGAAGAAAGCUAAGGAUGAAUGUGAUGAUGAAACAAAUUCGUUCAACAACCGAGGCCAUUUUGGUUUUAUUCAAGUAGCCAAGAUAGUUUCUGAGAAACAUAAAUGUUACGAUCCAUUCAGGGAGACACUAAAAUCUGAAGUAAAAGAGAAGUUUGGGUUUUUUGAAUGGUAUCUCAGCUACUCCAAUCUUGGCAAGCCUCACAAGACAACUGUAGAGCCAGAUUUCUUUUGGAGAGAGGUUGCCUCUUGCUAUAAAAAAUACACAGCGGAAAAUGCAGCUGAUUCCACCAGCUUCCCAGCUCUUCUCGAUUGUCUGAAUCACGGCCUUUUCGUGUCGAAGGAAAAACGAGCUUUCAAGUCUGGGGUGACUGAGAAAACACGGCCACAGCUGGAGCAAAUCCGAGAUUAUUUAAAGACUGCUUAUAAUAAAAAUGUAGGUGAUGUCAAAGUGGCAGAGAGGUACAUCCUUUCAAACAUCAUCCUGAGCAACAAGGAGCCUCACUCUCCUCAACACGCCUUGGUUAGAAAACUUCAGAAAAUACUUAGGAGACACAUGUUUACCGUGGUGAAUCAAAGACACCCAGAGUUUUACCUUUUGGUCCUGCUGUUGUUCUGGCCAGAGGAGCAGCUUCAAGACCAAACCUUGGAGGAAGCAAACGCAGGAAAAGAAUCUGAACAACCAUCUUCUGGUCUGAACUAUAACCUGGAAGAAUAUGUCACCCUAAUGGAAAAGGCUUAUCUUGAAGUCUAUCACAGGUACCUCCGAGGUCGUUACCUGCUGCCACAGUUUUUCCUAGGGAAGGGCUCUGGACUUAGCAGAUGGAUCCACAGGUCUAGACUGGAUGCGGCGGUGGAACUCGUGGUGGAUGCAGAGCUUGGUAACGCCCCGAACAGAAACAGAGUAAAAAGAAAGAAAAUCAAUGAGAUGUGGAUGAGUUGGAAGGCGUGGCAGCUGCCACAAAUCCAAGAGCUACUUCAGCCACUCUCAGACGUGACCUGUACAGUGCAGUCAGACGUAAAGGCGACUGUUAGUGUUGGAGGGGAGAAAAUUAAAGUCAGAACAGAGUGUAAAUCUGGCACUUCGGCAAAGAGCCCCGAGAUUUUUUAUCUUGGCUUCGAUAUCAUGGGUCCUGUCGUCUUCAAAGUGCCAAAGGAAUAA